AUGGCCGCCCUUGGAAAAUCUGUCCUCAUCACCGGCUGCUCAGCGGGAGGUCUCGGCGCAGGCCUCGCCGAAGUCUUCCGUGAGAAGGGCUACCACGUCUUCGCAACUCUGCGAAGCCCAUCCAAACUCCCCUCGACCCUUUCCAAGGCGGCGAACGUCACGACCCUGACCCUCGAUGUGUUAUCCUCCGACUCCAUAGCCGACGCCGUGAAUAGCGUCGCGGAGAAGACGGGCGGUCGACUCGAUAUCCUCGUCAACAACAGUGGCAAGAAUUUCAUCAUGCCAGCCUUGGACACCUCCAUAGAGGAGGCUCGCAAGAUAUUCGACGUCAACUUCUGGGCUCCGAUGGCUAUGCUCCAGGCCUUCGCUCCCCUACUCAUCCAGGCUAGGGGAUGCGUCGUCAAUCAAUCGUCUGCUGCUGGAUAUGUACCCAUGCCGUUUGGAAGCGUGUAUAAUGGCUCAAAAGCCGCCCUGACGAUGGCAAGUGAAAUAUGGGGCCGCGAGCUCCAGCCCCUCGGUAUCAGAACGAUUACCCUCAUUACGAACCCAGUCAAGAGCCGCGGUUUCGACAACAUUGAUAAGCCCAAAAUCCCCGAGACUUCACACUACUAUGUGAUUCGCGACUACCUUGACCGCCUUACCGACGGUCGACUUCAAAAUGGGGCGCCCGAUGCACGAACAUAUGCAAUCCAAGUCGUGGGUGAGAUCGAAAAGGGUACAUCCGGGGAAGUUUGGGUGGGAAAAGAUGCCGCCAUGGGCCGAUGGGCACGUUCUUGGCUUCCACAGUUCGUCUUUGACAUGAUACUGGAAGGGGUCUUCAAGGUUAAUAGAGAGUUGGCCAAGGUGGCAGAAUUGAAUAAUGCUGGGAAAUAA